AUGGCAUUGCUGAGAGGAAACACAGGCAUAUUACUGAGGUGCUUCAGAAAUGACAAGUUUAGUCCUAAGUCUGUUUUAUAUACCUUUAUAGGUUAUAACCCUUUACAUAAGGGAUAUAAAUGUUAUGAGAAUGCUACUGGGAAAAUCCAUGUCUCAAGACAUGUUUUCUUUGAUGAAACUAUUUUUCCCUUUUCCAAAACUUCUAUAUUUGUUUCUUGCGACAAUUCAGUCACCUCUUCUUCUGAGUUCUUAUCUUCCUCUACAAAUAAUCCUUCUUCUGCUCCUUCUUCAAUUGGCACCAGAUCAAAAGUUGGAACCUCUAAGAAAAAUAAAUUCCUUGAUUUUGUUACUAACCAUACUGUUACACAUCCAAUUGAUAUGGCCUUUACUUCUUUACUUAAUAUUACUGAGCCAAAAUCCUUUAAAAGUGCUAUCAAGAUGCCAGUUUGGGCUACAACCAUGAAGGAAGAACACAUUGCCUUAAAGGAUAAUGACACUUGGGAUUAUGUCCCUUAUCAUCCGGGUAUGAAUGUUUUGGGAUGCAAAUGGGUAUACAAAGUGAAGUUAAAAGCUGAUGGAACUUUUGAAAGAUGUAAAGCUAGAUUAGUAGCUAAAGCGUAUGAUCAGUUAGAUGGUGUGGAUUAUUCAGAGACUUAUAGUCCUGUGGUCAAAGCUCCUACAAUCAAAACUGUUCUUACAAUUGUUAUGUAA